AUGCGCUCGCUUACCCACUCUGGGUCUCCAUCUCCCAUCCCCUCGUACGAUGAUAGGAUUGCUAGUGGCGGUGGAGCUGGAGGUGGCUAUUCUAGUAAUCGUCCUUCUUUGAGCGGACUUCCAGUGAACCUCGGCCUGCCUGGCUCCGGUGUGCGUGUAGGCCAGGUUCCCUCUGGGGUAGGUGUUGGAGGAGCUGGGGUGGGGUCUGCUCGUCUAUCUUCUUCAUCUGUUGGAUCAGCAUCGCAUAUAUCGAGCCAAGGCGUUGUUGGUGCGGCCAAAUCUAUGCCAAGUGGUCCUCGCCGCAAUGCUGCCUGUGGCUCCGCCGGUAGCAUCGGUGGUGGACUUUUGGCUUCUGGGGCUAGUAGACGUCUGCUUACUGAUUCGUCUAUCUUUCAUCUAAUACUUACGCUCCGCGAAGCUGGACGUCGACUUGCUCUUUCUGACCCAACUAUUGCUACUGCAGCUACCUUAUUUCACAGGUCACUCCGCGUUCUCACUACUGGCGAAGAUCCUAUCCCAUCGGCUACUGUCGCUACAACGCUUGAGAGUAUUGCAACAAACGGCGAACAGAAUUGCUCGGAUGAGAGUGGUAUACCAUGUGCCAUUUCCUUAGAUGUUGGAGCUAAACCCGUUGAAGGACCUGUUUCGAUGGCUGCUAUUGACCAGGCACUACGAAAUAGUUUGGGUGAUAUUGAUCCCCAUGUAAGUCAUCUUGUCUCGUCAAUGUGUAUUCAGAUUUUAUUUCGUUUGCAUGAUUCAUUGUGA